AUGUUUUCGUUAUUUCGCCAAAAUAUAACUAUUCCACUUUUUGGUACCUUUGCGAGAAAGAAGAUUAAUUUUAGUCCUAUUGUUCAAUGGUUUGCAUUCUUGAGAGCUAGUCGAUCAAUUUAUUCAACAAAAGCAAAAGAGGAAAACCAAGAAAAUGUAAAGAAAAUUGAUAAUCAGCUAGAGCUAUGCAAAGAUCCUAAGCCAGUUUAUAUAUUUGUUGAUAACUCUAAUAUUUUUAUCGAAGGAAAAUACCCUAUUGGCAUGCUCGAGAAAAUUGGCAUAUUUGAUCACAACAGAAAUUCAAAAUGCUUUAACCAGUUUCGCAUUGACCAUGAUCUACUCCUUGCAACUGUACAAGGUAAACUUGAUAUGGCAUUGGUGUCCUCAAUAUUUGAAGUAAUGCUUACCAAAAAGCCCGGUACAAUUGCAUUAGUGGCCAGUGAUAGUGAUUAUGAAUCAAUGACAACACUUGCCAUGAAGCAUAAUUGGAUAGUUGAAACUUGGUUUUGA